AUCAAAGCUGUACACGGUAGCAAAAUAUUUCGCUCAAUGCUGACAUGCAUUUCAUGAGGUAAAGAGAUGUUUCAUGCUUUGGAUGCCGACAAAAUGUCGCUGUUCUCUUGCCAAGAAAAUGACACCGAUCACAAGCGCUGUGAGCCACGGCAGGGUAAUGCCACAGGAUGGAACAGUGAGAGUACGACCUUUGACCUCGCAAAUCAUUUUACCCACAAUCCAAGACUGAUGUCGCCUUCCAGCUUCCGGACUCCUCCCAAGGUUCCCUCAUAUUCCGGUGACCUGAUUUCCGUCGACAUGGAGAUAAAUUCAUGCGCCUUCAACACGCAACGUUCUGACGUCCGUACAUCUACACCAAAUAGCCAAUCGCCAACCAGUUCAUCACCAGGAGGUCAAUACCUGUCAUCGAAAGGUCAAAUUACUUCAUCUAUAAUUCGAGCCUUAACAUCCGAUGACGACAGCUUAUCGCCACAUAGUUUGACGCCAAACGUAGAUCGUACCUUUCGGGUUGAAGACGAUCACUUUUCGCCGCAAGAUCACAGCAUUUCACCGGAACAAUUCUUUUCCCCGGAAGAUCGAAGCGUAUCCAAAGAUCAUCCAAUCUUUUCACCAGAUAGUCAAACAUAUUCACCAUCAGUGGGUAAUCCUUUUUCACCAAGGAGUCACUCCUUUUCACCACGGGGUCAAACCAUGUCCCUAGACGAUUCACCCGCUUCACCACAAGGACAAACCGUAUCACCGGCAGGUCAGACAUCAUCACAUAGAGGUCAAACUUCAUCACCAGAAGGCCAGUUCUCAACAUCAAUUCCACAUGAGGACCGUGAGUCCACUAAGCCUGGUGAUGAGAGCGGUAUCUCUCUGUUCUCGGAGACAAGAUUCAACACAUCAGGUGAGAACAGCGAAGACGAGGAUGAACAGAAAUCGAUUUCAGAUUGCUCAGACGGCUCGUCUUCCAAGCUGAACUGGUCUCUGAGUGCGAGCUAUUCCAGCAGUGCGGCAUCCAUUAGUGACAGUGAAAGAAGGCGAUCUUUGAGCGACAACAGCGACGGCAGUUUGUCAUCGGCAGUGUGCGCGAGGCGGCGACGUCGAAGGAGAAAUCUUUCUCUCUCGAGCCCGUCAACAGCUUCGGAAGAUGGCACACAGGUAAUAAACAGCGCUUCAUAUUUCAGAGACUGCGCCGACGACGAGGGCGCCCUCACAUUCAGUCAAUGCUCGCAGGAAGUUUCACACAUCCUGACCAGAGCUCCCGUUGCCAUGGUGACACUACGUGACCAAGAUGCGAUCAGACAUUCACCAAUCAAGUUCUACGAUGGUUACCAUAGGAGGCCGAGAGGUGAAGUGAUGAACUGGGAUGAGUUCGAAUCUCCAGGGAAAGUAUAUCCCAAGCCACCAGUGAAGAGAAAGCACUUGACUCCAUUCUAUCCUCACGGCAACUCUUCAUGUAACGCUUCCCACUGCUUGCAAAACAGAAGAAAAAGGGGUUUCAAAAAAUCCUCAAAGAUUGCAGGUAGUAGACACUCGUCUCCUGAAGUUCCAAGUGCGUCCUAUGAUAAAGCAUGGCCAGCACUUCCUCGUCGUGUAUCACCUCAAACCACAAGUCUCCUCAACGAUCCCGCCAUUUUGUCCGUCGGGAAAGCCAUUCAAAAUCGAGGCACACAAUUAUUGCCACAAAAAGACGACAUUGCGAUGGUCGAUUCCAGGAGUGUCGAUUCAAAGAGAACAUUUCUAUAUGAAAACGUGAGCCGCCUCUCGCAACUACUCAACAGUACAUGUGGUCAACAGAGCGCACAUCCGAAUAUAUCUUCGACCAACCAGCACACAAAAGUCGAUACGGUGUUGCAGGAUCCAGCAGUUUUACGUGCGUACCGUCAAAACGAUUCAACGAACUCGACUAUCCCCUAUCGAAUCUUGGAGAAUCGAUCCUGCUUGCCGCCACAGCAAGAAGGAUGCAGAUGUCGUACUAUGCCAAUUGCAGACGAUCCGGCGAUACUAGAUAUCGGAACACCGAUGUAUUCGAUUUAUGCGGGGGUGCCAACACACAUAGCGGGUUUUGAGUAUUGUUAUUACUUUGGUUAGCAGUAAAUAAACGAAGCGGGAAUUUUCCGAACGGUAACAAGUAUCUCAAAUAAUGCAGUUGGAAACACUCUAUGGCUACAAUUAGACAUUUUCAAAUUGUGCUUGCAUGGCGUGGCUGAUUUUCUUUAAGUCAGCGAUGUCGGCAUUGCGCUGCACAUUAAGGGAUGUGCGGACCCCAGCCCUGCUUAUUUAUAAGACAGGUUAAAGAAUAGAAAAUGAUUGGAACUACACUUCCAUCGACCGUA